GCGAUUAGAAGUGGAGGCUCAAGCGCAGACCAUGCGAGAUGUUCUUUCGUACACAGUGAAAUUCGUGGCAGUGUUUGACGACAGUCGCGUUAUACCUGCGGUUCUGAAAUCCGAGCUUUCAGCGAACUUUCAGUGCGCGUCUCUAGUUAUUGCGGGCGAAGUUUGCGUUACUUUGGAACGUUACAAAUAUUUUUUAUUACUUUUUGUAUUAAAUUUGGAAAGUUUUCUUAUGGAGUUCGACACGAAAAGUUUGUAUCUAGUACAGAUGAGAAAUUGAGCAGCAAGCCUUAAAAGAAACGCAAAUGAUUUGGCAAGAGAUCAUCAACAGCAGCUCGGAUCGAAGUGAUCUCUGGUAAUGUGCGAGGGUUCGAUGGACGACGCAAUUGAUGCAACCACCGCCGCCCCCGAUUCAACAGCAGACGCCGAGACGAUAUCAAACGACGCAAAGGUCCAUAAGGAACAACUACAAAAUGCCAAAAACAAUUCAAAAGUUCUGUGGGCCAACGCGAUCAGAAAAGUUUCAAUUGAAAGAAAACCACAUUUUUCUACCAUAGCCUUUUCAGCUAUGAAUUCGGCCAAUCAAACUUCAUUGGAGAAAAGUAUCCCCACGUCUCCCAGGUUUAUAAAACAUGACAGUACUGAUAGAAGUCUAAGCAAUCACUUACAAAUGCCAAUGAGUGAAUCCAUGUCGAUUAAAAAUGGGAAACCUGAUGAAAUUAACAUCAAUUUCAAGGAGAGUGUAUAUGAUGAUAACUAUUCAGAAAAAGCGGAUUUUGCCACGGUUUUCAAAAAGGGACACAUGUACAAAGGAAUAUAUUGGCCAUGUCUGACCAACAGUUUUCAAUCCAAGCAUCUUGAACUGGCGUACCUUAGGUAUUCUCACAGGCAAAGACAAAAAGCAUUAAUCAUUGUAAACAUAGUAGAUUUACUAUUAAAGAUAGCUUUAAUUAUAGUCUGGAAAAGUCAAAACACUUACGUUAAAGAAAUAUCAGAACAUGCCGACUCUAUUAUAUGGUCAGUAUGCUGUAUGUCAAUUAAUAUAGCUGUAUGUAUUUUGGGUUGGUGGAGAUGUUUUGCAAACAAUUAUCUACAUUGGGCAGCGGUUUGCACCUGGAUACUUUUGACUACUCAAAGUUUUAUUGGCAAGGGCAUUGGUUUUACCCAAAAAGAAGACCUGGUAUGGUACGUUCUGUUUAUAGUGUUUGUUCCUUACGCCAUGUUGCCGCUUCCUCUGCGCUGGUGCAUGAUUGCAGGAUGUCUAUCAGCCCUGGGCCAUAUAAUAAUUAUUUCCAUCGAGGUUUACCGGAGCAAGGAGAUAUUUGAUAAUAACGAGUGCAAAAUACGAAGAAUUAUUACGAAUAUACUUUUAUAUACAGCUGUAAAUUUUGCUGGAAUGUAUACGAAGUUUUUAACCGAUAGAAGCCAACGAUUGGCGUUCCUUGAAACUCAUAGAUCCAUGGAAACCCGAUACAGAACGCAAAGUGAAAAUGAUAAACAAGAAAAAUUAUUAUUAUCGGUGCUUCCUGAUUUUGUUGCCAAGGAAAUGAUAAAAGAUAUAGAAAAAGAAGAAAAAGGGGGAGUUUUUCAGCCCCAUCAAUUCCACAAAAUUUACAUACAUAGAUAUGAAAAUGUUAGUAUUCUCUUUGCAGACAUUAAAGGAUUUACAGCUUUGGCAACUAAAUGCACUGCAAAAGAAUUGGUAAAAAUAUUAAAUGAAUUAUUUGCAAAAUUUGACAAAUUAGCUGCAGAAAAUCAUUGUUUAAGGAUUAAACUUCUUGGCGAUUGUUAUUACUGUGUAUCAGGACUUCCAGAGGCUAGGUCUGAUCAUGCUCAUUGCUGUGUGGAAAUGGGCUUGCAUAUGAUUAAAGCCAUUAAAGACACGCGUCAAAAAACACAGGUUGAAGAUUUAGACAUGCGAAUCGGAAUUCACUCUGGAUCAGUGUUGUGUGGGGUAAUAGGUCUAAGAAAAUGGCAAUUUGAUAUCUGGUCUUAUGAUGUUAGAUUGGCAAAUCACAUGGAAUCGGGAGGAAAACCGGGCCAAGUGCAUAUAUCCGAAGCGACAUAUCGUUGCCUAAACGAAACAUACGAUGUUGAACCUGGCAAUGGACAAGAUAGAGAUUCUUAUAUACGAGAACAUGAUGUUACUACUUAUCUUAUCAAGCAAGUUGAACCUAUGAGAUGUAGGAGAAGAUUGGCUUCAAGACCAAGUAUUUUCUCCAAUAAAAUUUGGCCCGAUGAUGAAAAUGGAAGUGGUUUUAUUUCUCCGAGAACUCCAUCUACUCCACAAACACCUCCAAUUCCUCCAUCUAGGGAAAGAAGUGACAGUGGUAUCCAUCAGAGUGCAGUUGAUGAUGAAAAUACGACCGACUGGACACCAGAAAUUCCCUUUGAAAAUCUACAUAGAACUCUCUCUGGUGAUAUAGAUGAAGACAUCGACUCAAACUACUUACCCAAUUAUGAAACUAGCGAACCUGUUUACAGAAGUAGAAAAAGGGGUUCAACAUUUGUUAAUACAACUGAACAAGUGGACGAUAUUAUUGAUCAUAGUAUUGAAAUUGAAAGCAACAAGAGAAUGAGAUGUGCAAAUGUUAAUCCUUGGACUUUAAGGUUUAUCGAUAAGAAUAUGGAACUAAAGUUCAGCCAGUUAGGAGAAUACAUGUUUAAAUCAAACAUGGUGUGUUGUUUCAUAAUAUGGAUUUUCAUUGCACUAUGUCAAUUUGCAAUCACAACUUUGGGUCCUGUAAUUAUUGUUUGCUUGGUUUUAACGACAGUACUUUUAACCUUCACUACAGUUUUGGUAAUGGCCGAAGAAUUUAAACAACUUCCACAAUCAUUACAAAACAUGUCAUAUGCCUUAGUUCAUAAUCGUAACAGAAGAACUAUUUUUAUAUGUGUUGUAAUUAUAAUAAUGUCAAUAGUUAGUUCUAUAUCUCUUGAACGAUUUAAGUUUACUUCGCAGGUAGAUAACACCACCCUAAGAAUAUUACCUGAAAACUUACAUAAACUUGCCAAGGGCACAUCUACGAGUAAUGCAAAUCAAUUCAUCUUAAAUUUGUCACUAAUUGCUAAAGUUAAUCACAAUGUAACUGUAAACUUUACUGGCGAUAGUCAUAACUGUUCAGAGCAAUGUCUAAAAGAAAUUUUAGACAAAAUCGUAUUAAACGACAAAGGCAAAGAACCUGAUAACACCACAGAGUAUACUGGCACUGUUAUGAACAGUAUAAAUGAAAAGUUGUCAAAGUUAAAUCAAAGCAUAUAUAGAAUAGAAAAUAAACUAAGCAACUCAGAAAGGCACAAACGUAGUGUGUCUAAGAAUACCAAUGGAUUAACAAUGGAUGAAUUAUCUGCCGAGCGAAAUCAAAAACUUCUUCAAAUCGCCUUAAAAGAUGAUCUUUGUCUUCACCCUGAAUAUAUAGUUUUUACUUGGGUGUUAUGUUUAAUAGCUCUUGCUACAGCUCUAAAGUUGUACUAUCUGAUUAAAUUAUUUCUUGCUGUUGUAAUGGUGGGAGUCUACACAUUUCUUAUUACAACAUCUUACUACGAUACUUUUAUUAACGUACCUCAGAACCAAAAUAGCGAAUAUGUUCAAAUACCAGCACAAAUGUUGAUUCUUUUGGUUAUAUUUUUUCUUAUGGUAGCUUAUCAUGCUAGAUUGGUCGAGGUUACAUCCCGAUUAGAUUUUCUUUGGAAUCAACAGGCUGAAAGGGAGCUAAGCGAUAUGGAAGAAACAAGGCACAAUAAUACACAACUUUUAAAGAAUAUAUUACCGGACCAUGUCGCACAGCAUUUUUUGUCUAAUGAGAGAAACUCCGAUGAACUUUACGCUCUGGAUAAAAAGUUGGUAGGAGUGCUUUUUGCGAGUAUUCCCAACUUUACAGACUUUUAUUCAGAGGAUAUAAAUAAAGGGGUGGAAUGUAUAAGAUUGCUAAAUGAAAUUAUAGCUGAUUUCGAUGAACUAUUAGACGAAGAAAAGUUUAGUUCGAUUGAAAAAAUAAAAACUGUUAGCGCUACUGCAACUUAUAUGGCUGCUUCAGGACUUCACCCAACUGAUAAGCAUAAUGUCAACACGGACAGUCCAGAUCAUUUGUGUGCUCUAGUGGAUUUUGCUCUUUGUAUGAAACAAAAGUUGGACGAAAUUAAUAAGGAUUCCUUUAACAAUUUUGGUUUACGGAUAGGAAUAUCGUGUGGUCCUUUGGUGUGUGGUGUGAUAGGCGCACGAAAGCCUGUAUUUGAUAUUUGGGGAGAUACAGUUAAUUUAGCAUCUAGGAUGGACUCAACAGGUGUUAUAGGAUACAUACAAGUUCCAAAAGAAACUGCAGAAUUGUUACGUGGGUAUGAAAUUAAGAAAAGAGGUAUAGUGGAUGUUAAAGGUAAAGGCAGGAUGGAAACUUACUUUGUUAUGGGUAAACAUUUAGGAAGACCACAUAGUUUCCAAAGAAAACCCAGUCAAUACAGUAGUUUAGCUGUUGUAGUGUAUGCUAUAUCCCAAAGCAGAAGAAAGCACACAGGACCAACACCUGGUAGUGCUGUUCUUGGAAGAGCUAGAACGCAACAAAAACAUGACACAAAGAAAUACAGUUCAAUGAGAAUAACGCACAAGGCGACUGGUUACCCUGUAAGAAGAAAUACCACAAGAGCAAACCAAAGAACCAUGCACGCUAGAUCUCAACCAAAUAUGAGACAAUUAGGCUCUGGAAGUCACCUAGAGAAUAAACCGAUGGAAAGGGAAAUUACUUCCACGACAAUCAACAAGAUUACGAUAUCUCAGUCAGCUCCACACACUCCAGUUUCAGCUCCAAAUUUCAACGAAACUCCAAUAUUUAAAGCGGUACCACGACUAUUAUCAGAACCAAUAGUUAACAGAACCAAGAGCAAUUCGCCUGGGCCUCGACCUAAGACAGCACCGAUAAACGUGUUGGAGAAAAACGGCGAGAUAGCUGAUAUUUUUAAUGUGAAAUGUUCGUUGCCACCUUCUGUACAUUCACCCAAAUCCCCAAAACAUUUAGCCAAAAAAGAAUCGAGAUUUUCGUUAAAAUCUCCUCUGUACAAGAGGGAAACAAAAAUUCAGAUUGAGCACUAUGGUAAUAAAAUUAACAAGGUCAAUUCUUUGGAUGGAACCCAUGUGUGAGUUUAUUGAUUCAAACUAAAAUGGUGCUUUUAAUUAAAUUGUGAUUAAUUUAUGUUUAGUGCCAAUUGAUGUCUAAAAAUGUAUAUUCAAAAUAUGCAGUCCAAUUUAUAUGGCAGAAUUCUAAACAAACAUAUUAUGUGUUAAUGUCGAUGUCAAUGUGUAAAUUCUGUAAAUUUAUGCACAGACUACAAUAACUGAUUUGAUACGUACAUUUACGCCACAAAGGUAACACACUGAACUAAAACAAACCACAAAUCCAACCAAUAGUAAAUACAUUUAGUAGUUAAGCUACUGAUAUUUACAUUUGUUUCAUACUUUUACUACACAUUUUAUGUAUAUUAUAUAUACUAAAACUUGAUGCUUGUAGUAAAAGCACGAAUUUACUAGUAAAAGAACGCUUUUACUAAAAGCUAGUCACAUCUACUAAAAGGUAUACUUUGACUGUGACAUCAACACAUAAAAGAAUUCCUGUUAUUUUUAUAUGUUUAAUCUAUAGAAGUACAUUUAUAUAUUUAUAAUAAUAUUUUGUUUUAUUUUUUCACACAACUUUUAAGUUUACUAUAUGGUCUGUUCAGUUAUUUAAUUGUGCCAUAAAAAUUCAGAUCUGUGCAAUUUUUUUACGGGACCAUUUUUAUGUUUUUUUUGCAGAAAAUAUUUAUGUAUUUAAAACAGUAUUUUAAUAAAAGUUAUAUAUGUACAUUACCUCUUUUAUCAUAAUUUUAGUCAUUUUGUAAUAUUAUCAAUCCAAACAAACGCUCUAGGAAUUUCCUAGAAGCUCUUUCUGUCACUGGUC